CAACAAUCCAUUUGGUUCUAGGCAACUAAUGGAACAGCUCAGAAUGGAGCACUGGAACUCCACCCUGGGAAGUGGCUUCUUACUGACGGGGAUCCUGAAGGACAGUGGGUCUCCUGAGCUGCUCUGUGCCACAAUCUCAGCCCUGUACCUGAUGGCCCUGACCAGCAAUGGCCUGCUGCUCUUGGUUAUCACAAAGGAUGUCCGUCUCCACGUACCCAUGUACCUCUUGCUUGGGCAGCUCUCAUUGAUGGACCUCCUCUUCACAUCUGUUGUCACUCCCAAGGCCCUCGUGGACUUUCUGCGUAGUGAACCCACCAUUUCCUUUGGGGGUUGUGCCCUUCAGAUGUUUCUGGCACUGAGCCUGGGUGGUGCAGAGGACCUCCUACUGGCCUUCAUGGCCUAUGACAGGUAUGUGGCCAUUUGUCAUCCUCUGAACUACAUGGUCCUCGUGAGUCCGAGAGUCUGCUGGCUCAUGGUGGCCACAUCCUGGGUGCUGCCAUCCCUAAGUGCUCUAGGACAUACCUUGUAUACCAUGCACUAUCCCUUCUGCAUGUCCCGGAAAAUCAGGCACCUGCUCUGUGAGAUUCCACCUCUGCUGAAGUUGGCCUGUGCAGAUACUUCCAGAUAUCAGCUCAUGGUGUAUGUAACGGGUGUGACUUUCCUCUUGCUCCCUCUUUCUGUCAUUGUUACCUCCUACACACUAAUCCUAUUUACUGUGCUCCACAUGCCCUCAAAUGAGGGGCGGCAGAAAGCCCUAGUCACCUGUUCUUCUCACCUGACUGUGGUCGGGAUGUUCUAUGGAGCUGCCACAUUCAUGUACGUCCUGCCCAGUUCCCUCCACAGCCCCAAGCAAGACAACAUCAGUGCUGUUUUCUACACAAUUGUCACUCCAGCCCUGAACCCCCUCAUCUACAGCCUGAGGAAUAAGGAGGUCAUGGGGGCCGUGAGGAGGUUCCUGGGAAAAUACAUAUUGCCAACACAGUCCACCUUCUAGGGAGGGCUCAU